AUGAUUCAUCAAGAACUUGGACGAAAUUUAGCACGAACAUUUCUCGAUUAUUAUAAAAGUAUUAAUUAUAUUUCAUGGAAUCCAAGUUGUAGUAUUAUGCCAAGAUUGAAAGAAGAUAGAAUUAAAUCUCGUCUUACACGACAAACAACUAACAUGCCAAUCGUCGAUCAAGAUGAAGCAUUUCUUAAUAAUGAAACAUUCAACUUAAGCACGCAAGACUUUAUCUAUCCAGAAACACGCAAUAAUAAUGAACCUGAAUAA